CCCCCCCCCCCUUCACGCUUUGUCUUUAAAGCCCGGUGCCGGGGUCGCCUCCUGGGACCUCAGCAAUUUCCGCUUCUGCGCGUCCCGCGUUAACUCUAGUCCGCCGCGUGGGCGAGUGUCUAGAGCCCAGGACCCCGAGCGCAGGACGCCGAGCCGGGCGAUCGCACACUUCACUCCCCGGGAUCCACGGAAGCUGGGGAGCCCCUGCGGGACUCCAUUUCCCAGCGCGCCGCGCGGGGAUGCCUAGACGUUGCCGCGGAUAUCAAGCGGGGCUCCGCCCACGCGGGACGGGAACUGCGCUUCCCAGAAGCCGCCGCGCGUGCGUCCGCAGCGUGCACUGGGCCUAUGAGGACUUUCGGGGGCUGGACUUCCGGCGUCCCGGACUGUCACUUUGCUACCGGGCGUUGGGCCACACCGGUAUUGGUGAACUGGAGCGCCGCGAGCCCCCAGGCCGGUUUCUUAGAAGGUUUGGAGACCCGAGGCGAGGGCUGGGAGGAAGACCCGAGCGGUGGACCGUCUCGCGCACGCCCUGGUUGCGGGCGACGGUCGCGCCCCGAGCCUAGGCUUCUCCGUGAGGAGCCUGGGCCGCUCCGCGGGGCUGUGGGGCGGCGCCCCGAGUCACGUGCUGUCCGACCCCGGGACGGCGGGGGAGGCGGCGCCCUGAGCGACCCUGCCUUAGACGGCCCGGGAGGCUGAGACCAGGAGCCGGCGAGUCCGUGUUGUCCGUCUCUUUCUGCGAGUCCCCAAGUACAGGUUCUGAUGGCGACCGCGGCGCUGACAGACCGGGCCCAGGGCCUGAUGGCCUUUGAGGAUGUGGCCGUGUACUUCUCCCAGGAGGAGUGGGAGCUCCUGGACGCAGCCCACGUGAUGUUAGAGAACUGCCACGUGGUGUUAGAGAACUUUGCGCUUGUGUCCUCACUGGGACUCUCUGCCUCACGACCCCGGGUGGUCCUGCAGCUUGAGCGUGGCGAAGAGCCCUGGGUUCUCAGUGGGACAGUUGUGACACCAGCCAGGAAUGCUCAGAGAAAGCCCAGCCCUGGUGAGUGGGGGCUCAGAGGGUGUGAGCUUGGGGCUAACCAAUGGCCAGCAGCAUUGCCAGUGACAUUCUAGAAUGGCUCCCCUCCAGCAUCUACCUUCACAGGCACCUGUGAACGUGGGAAAAGCUCAGUGGGUUGGCAGGGCACCUCCCUCUCUCAGGAGAAAAAGUCCACAGACGUGUCGGUAAUCUAUUGGGAAAGGCUCCUGCUGGGUCCUGGCAGCGGGGAAGCCAAUGUCAGUCUGCGGUUAACCUCUCCACUGAGGACUCCUGAGGAUAGCCUGCCUAGGGAGAAAGCCCUCAUGAACUGCCCCAUGCCAGACAAGCAGCUGAGGCCAUAUGGGGGCCAGAAGCCAUUUGGGCAGGAUGGCCCUGGAAGAGGCUGCCCCAAAAUUCCAGAAUUUGAGGCUAGUCUCACCUCUGGGGAAAGAGAAAAGGGUAGAACUAGCCUCAAGCCUCAUGGACUCCCUGCUAGCCAAGAACCCCCUACCUGGGAUCAGCUGGGCAAGGCCCUCCACACAGGCCCCAGCUUCCUCUCCGGGGAGAAGCCCUUCGAAUGCAGGGCGUGCACCAAAGUGUUUCUGAAGAGCUCUGACCUGCUCAAGCACCUGCGCACCCACACUGGAGAGCGGCCAUACGAAUGCUCUCAGUGUGGCAAGGCCUUCAGCCAGACAUCACACCUGACGCAGCACCAGCGCAUCCACAGCGGCGAGACACCCUAUGCGUGCCCGGCCUGUGGCAAGGCCUUCAGGCAUAGCUCCUCGCUGGUGCGGCACCAGCGCAUACACACCGCUGAGAAGUCCUUCCGCUGCAGCGAGUGCGGCAAGGCCUUCAGCCACGGCUCCAACCUCAGCCAGCACCGCAAGAUCCACGCAGGCGGGCGGCCCUACGCGUGUGCUCAGUGUGGCCGCCGUUUCUGCCGCAACUCGCACCUGAUCCAGCACGAGCGCACGCACACGGGUGAGAAGCCUUACACCUGUGCCCUUUGUGGUGCCGCCUUCAGCCAGGGUUCCUCCCUCUUCAAGCACCAGCGCGUGCACACGGGUGAGAAGCCCUUCGCCUGCACACAGUGUGGCCGCGCCUUCAGCCACAGCUCUAACCUCACGCAGCACCAGCUGCUGCACACUGGGGAGCGGCCCUUCCGCUGCGGGGACUGUGGCAAGGCUUUCGCCAAGGGCGCAGUGUUGCUCAGCCACCGACGCAUCCACACGGGUGAGAAGCCCUUUGUGUGCGCACACUGUGGUCGUGCCUUCCGCGAGCGCCCGGCCCUGUUCCACCACCAGAGGAUCCACACGGGAGAGAAGCCCCUGCGGCGACCUCGGCGUGGGGCAGGCCAGUGCCCCCAGGCCAGGCCUUCUUCAGGGGCACCAUCAGAGGGCACGCUGGGCAGAGUAGCUGGGCCCACUCCCACCUCAGGCCCACCGGCAGUUUCAAAGCCUGCUGACGCCUGAGCUCACAGCUCCAGCCUCCCCCAGGCUGUGGGAAAAUGCCCUUGUUCCCUGCACAUUCUGGAGAAGCCCUGUGCGUGCCCUGUGGUGCCAUCUGCACAUGGUGACGAUAUUUGCCAUUUCAGCACCAGCUCACUCCAACUCUAAGAGAUCCGACUACAGAAAGAUCAGGGGGAUGGACGUGGAGGCUGGGACUUUGGUGGGCAGAGACUGGGCAAUCAGAGUGCCGCUUCAUGCCUGUUAUGACUGUGAGCACUCAGGUGAGGAGGGGAAUGCUGGAAUGUUGGGGAGGCAGUCCUAGGAAUUUCUGACGCCCGCGCACAUACUGGCCAACAGGCUGGCCCUCAGGAUAUUCUCUCAAGACCUCAGUUCAUCAGAGGCUUCUGGGAGCAGGCCCAGUGGAUAGUAAGUCAGAUUGGGGUCUGGUGUUGGCCUUGGGCUCUGAGCCUCAGUUUCCACCUCUGGGGAAAAGAAAGGAAGAGAGAGGGAGAGAGAUUCAGGCUACAGAGGGUAUUUGCAGCACCGUGACAAGCAGGAUCUCGAUUAGGGCCAACAUGUGCCAACUGCCAGCCCUGUGAGAUGGCUACUAUGGCUGGUAUCCCCACUUCUCAGUUGAGGAAACUGAGGCAGAGAGUGGGAGUGUGCUGCUGCACAGAGCAGAGCCCAGGACUUAAAUCCAGGUCACAGGCCCAGCUCAUCUCUCUGCCCCCAUGCUCUGGCACUCGUGCUCUAGUCUGCCAGUGUGAAGGCUGGGCGAUGCCAAGCCUGGUUUCCUGCACAUGGCAGUCCCACAGGACGUGGAGGAAGUAGAGGUGGAGGUCCCUGGGGUGGGAGGAGGGAGACAAACAUCAAUGUGUUCAUUCAGGUUUCACCCAAGCCUCAGCCCUGGCCGUGCCCUGUUGUUACCAAAGUCACCAUUACAGGGGUGUUUAUAUCCCCACUGCCCUGGUGAGAGGUGACCACGAUAACAGGUUGGAGGAGACCAGAUGGGACUACUUGUUUCUGCAGGGUCAGUGGGCAGGUGCCCACCUGUUCUCUUCCCUCAGUUGUUGGAGUGGAUGUACAUUGUGUAAAUCCCUGCACAGCACUGUGGACAUCCACAACCUCAGUCUCCUCCAAGCCUCUAGUCAUGGUUCAGAAGGGUUUAACAAUAACAUCUUUUUUUUUUUUUUAAGUUUAUUUAUUUAGGUGAUCUUUACACCCAACAUGGAGCUUUAAGUCACCACCCCAAGAAUAUGAGCCAGCCAGGUGCACCUAACAACACAAUUUAAGUAUGAUCAUCACAGAACUUUGAAGCCUUGCCUUCAAUUCAUGUCCUUUUGAGUGUCCAAAGGGUAGAGAUGAAAUUUGCCUAUUUCCCAGUCAGGUGCUAGGAUGUAUCUUCUUGGCAACCAGAGGUGUGUGUGUGUGUGGGGGGGUGUUCUAGGAGACUUGGGCAAGGUGGACAUCGUGAGGCUACCCCAAGUCUCAGCUCUACCAGGAGAGAAGUCUAUGGAUCCAGGCUUGGGAAUCUGAGGCAAGGUGGUUCUGUAGUCCCAUCACCUGCAAGGUCUGGCAGCCAUCUGCCACACAGAGUGAGCACAGACAUGACAUUUCCCUCACUCCCCACCUGCCAACAGUUUCAGACCCAUCUUCCACUUCUGGAGCCUCACAAGUCCUACAAGGAGGGGAGAUAGGUUGGCAGGGAGAGCUGUCUUGCAGCAUCUGGCUCUCCGAGAUCCUUGGAGUGCAAGUCCACUGAAGUAAGCCUCCUGGUACCCUGUAGGCUUCUGAGGAACUGCCCACCUCUGCUGUACUCAUCCUCUCUUCUCUAGUGCACACUCUGGUCUUAUCCCCUCCACACCUUCCCCCAGAUUCACCACCACGAGGGAGCCUUGAUUAGGUCACAGACUCAGUCUGCACAGCUGUGAAAUGCAGACACAUCCCCCACUCUAACUGAUAGAGAGCUUUCUGGGGAAAGAAGCAAAGGCAUGUGUCAAACACCUAGUGGGUAUUCAGCAAGUCAUAUACAAUCUUUUCUGCAUCUUUUUUUUUUUUUUUUUUUUUUUAAGAUUAAAAAAAAAAAGGUUUACUUUUGAAGAGAGGGAGACAGGAUUGGAAGCUGGCUCUGUGCUGACAGCAGUGAACCCGAUGCAGGGCUUGAAGUCACAAACCAUGAGUUCAUGACCUGAGCCGAAGUCAAACGCUCAACCACCUGAGCAAUGUAGGUAGCCCCAAGCUUUUCUGCAUCUUGAACUGAAGUUCCUGGAGCUGUUUCCAACCUAAUCCCUCCUGAUCCCUUGAGCUCAGCCUGUUCCUGCCCAUCUCCCCACUAGUCUCCUUCCCACCUGUGUGGUUGGCUCCUGCUAUCACUCAUUUACUCCACCCUCCUCAAAUCCACACCUCCCAAUGCCCCGGUCUGGUCAGUGGCUCCCAUCUGGAUCCUAUGGAAACAACUAUGAUCACCUGCCUUCCCCCAUGUCUUGGC